AUGCCUAUUGAUUUAGGUCUAUCGCGUAUUACUAAACUACUAUCUCAUUUAAAUAAUCCUCACCUAAAAUAUAAAUCAAUUCAUAUAGCAGGUACAAAUGGUAAAGGAUCAACGCUAGCUUAUAUUUCAUCAAUUUUAACUCAAUCUCAUAAAAUUAAAAAUGGGAAAUUUACAUCACCACAUUUAAUUGAGAUUAAUGAUUGUAUUACUAUAAAUAAUAAGAUUUAUUCCAAAUCCAAAUUUGAUAUUGUUAACAUUGACAUAUUGUCACUAAAUCAAAAAUUAAAAUUGAAUUGUACAGAGUUUGAACUUUUAACUGUUACUGCAUUCAAGAUAUUUGAAAUCGAAAAAGUUGAAUUGGCAUUAAUUGAAGUUGGAGUUGGUGGUAGAUUAGAUGCUACAAAUGUAUUGGAGAGAAUUACCGACCCAAAUGAAGGAGUUAUUGCCACUGGUAUUACAAAAAUAGGAAUGGAUCAUGAAAAACUAUUAGGUGACUCAAUUGAAGCAAUUGCUAGUGAAAAGGCAGGCAUUAUUAAAUCAAGUAUUCCAUGUUUUGUUGAUUCACUGAAUGAUUCAAAAGUUUUACAAGUCAUAAAGGAAAAAUGUAAAAGUGAAUCAUCAGAAUCGAUAAUUGUAAAACCAAAUGAAGAAACAAAUGAAUUAAUAAAAUAUAGUCCGUUAAAAGGUCAAUAUCAAAUCAAUAACUUAUCAUUAGCAAUAAGCAUAACCAACUACAUAAACACCAAAUAUUACAACAACCAGAUCACAAAGAAUCAAAUCAUUGAAGGUAUAAAAAAGACAGAUUGGCCAGGUAGAUUACAAUACAUUAACGUACCAAACAUCCACCAAAAGAUACUAUUAGACGGAGCCCAUAACGAAAGUGCAUCAAUAGAAUUAUCAAGAUACUUAGAUUCAAAUAUUCCACAACCUAAAAUAUUCAUUAUAGGAAUAACAAAAGGUAAAAAUUUAAAAUCAAUAUUAAAACAUAUUGUAAAAUCAAAUGAUAUAAUCAUUCCAACAUUAUUCAACCAACCUGAUCAAAUGCCAUGGAUUUUCCCCGAGCUGAUUCCCAAAAUUAAAAAAGCUGCUCAAGAAAUGGAAGUUCAAGUUGAGGUAGUUUCUGACCAAGCUUAUAUUAGAGAUGUUUUUGAGUAUUUGAAACAACAGAAAGAACAAAAUCUACAAAAUUUACCAAUUGUUAUUUGUGGUAGUUUGUAUUUAUGUGGUGAUGUGUUACGUUAUUUAAGAGAAUUAAAUAUAUAA